GUUUUGCAGAGCUAGAAGAAAUCAACGAUGCCUCGCUAUGAUGAUAAAUAUGGUAAUACCCGCCUCUAUGUUGGACGGUUGUCUUCGAGGACUCGUUCCCGUGACCUGGAGCGUGUCUUCAGCAGAUAUGGAAGGUUUCUGAGGUUUUCUCUAAACCUGGAGGUCUUUGUUGGGAGGUUGGCCUUGGUGGAAUUUGUGGAAAUUCCUGUCGAGUAUUGACUUUGGCGAUUCUUUCUGUAAUGUUAUUGCGUGUUUUUUAUGGAAAUGGCAACACUCCCAAACUGGUGUUUAGUUCGUCUUUGAGGGGUGAUGUAUCAUACAGUUCCAGUAGUUAAGUAAUGAUGGCCUUAUUGUUUCUGGAAACCAUUUCCGCAGAGUUCGAGGCGUAGAUAUGAAGAAUGAUUUCGCCUUUGUUGAAUUUAGUGAUCCUCGAGAUGCUGAUGAUGCUAGAUACAACCUGGAUGGUCGUGAUGUUGAAGGAAGUCGUAUUAUUGUGGAAUUUGCCAAGGGGGGUCCUCGUGGUUCCCGGGACCGGGAAUAUAUGGGUCGGGGUCCACCUCCUGGAUCUGGGCGAUGCUUUAACUGUGGCAUUGAUGGUCAUUGGGCCCGAGAUUGCAAAGCCGGGGAUUGGAAGAACAAGUGUUACCGUUGUGGGGAAAGAGGUCAUAUAGAAAAGAACUGUAAGAACAGUCCCAAAAAGUUGAGCCAACGUGGACGGAGUCUUUCACGUUCACCAGUAAGGUCACGUUCUCCUCGUCGUGGAAGAAGCAGGGAUCGAAGCUACAGCCGAGACCACAGCUACAGCCGAUCGAGAUCUCCUGUCAGAAGAGAACGAAGCCCAGUUUCUGAAGAUAGAUCACAGAGUCGUGAGCCCUCCAAGAUAAGGAAGCAUAGUGCAUCACCUGACCAAAGCAGCCCACGGAAGAGAGGUGACACAUCUCCUGGCAAUGAUAGGUUGGCCACUCAUCAAGAUGGGUCUGACUACAGUGAUGGUCCUAGAGGGAAAAGUAGAAGCCCUGCUAGCCCUGCAAGGGACCGUGAUGAGGGUGGCUAUGAUAGCCCUAAAGCUAAUGGACAUAGCCGCAGCCCCAGCCGGAGCCCUAGGGAUGAUGACAGGAGCCCCAUUGAUGAAGAUGAUGACAACCACCGUCGCUCACAGUCACCUUGAAAACAGCACUUCCUGAUAAAAUGAGGUCAGGAUGUGACCCAAUUUGUAUCUGCUUUGUUUAUAAAAUGCACUCCAGCUUAAUUAUGUGACAAUUGUUUCUGAAAACAGUUUUAUGUAUCCUAUUUUUCAGAUUCUUGCUGGUCAAGCAGCAUGUAUGGCUUACCUAGAAUAUGGAGUGCAUGAAUUUGUUUCAAAUGUUGGCAUAAUUUAAAUCAAUAUGAACUAUUGUGAGAAAUUUAAAUCUGGCAUGUUUUGAAUCCUUUCAACUCAAAUAAUAUAGAUCUUAAGGUUUUUCUAUUUUUUUCA